UUUCUUCUGAGUCGUUAUGCUGUAUCCUUCUUUUGCAACAUGGACACUAAUGAUGUGAACGAGUUGGUCCGAUUAUUUGUUACACUCUCUAUCAAUUUUGGUCAUGAAUUUGCCAUGGAAAUGGUCAAAAACAUGAUUCGUCAUAAGUUGGAAAUAAAGUUGGAAACGGUCAAGAUGCUCCGUGAGCAUGAAUUAGCCUUGGCUAGGAUGCGUUAUGCGCAUGAAUUAGCUAUAGAGCACAUUAAUUUGGUUCAAAAAAAGCCUAAAUUAGGAUUUUGGA